UUCAGCUAUCAUACCUUUGGGGUGUGGGAUACCACCCCAAUUUUGUAGCCUACGAUGACUUAACUGGGUCCACUUUGGUAAUGGAGCAUUCUUAACAUGCUUCACAAUUUCUAGUUCUUCCUCUUUAUUUAUAAAGUUCGGUAUAUAAAUUGCUAAAUUUGGUACCUAUAACAAAUAAAACAUUUCAGAAUUCAAAAUACAUAACCUCCACUAAAAAAUGAACAGUAUAAAUGCGAACCUCUGGCACCACAUUUUUAUUAUAGAUAUUUUUAUUAUUCAUUUUGUAAUAGACGAAGUUAUCUAAUUGUACGAACAAUUAACAAAUUCUUGGUUAAUGAUGAUAAGUAAGGUUGCCUGUUUUAUGGAACGAUCAAAUUAAAUUCGUCACUGUUAUUUGGAUUCUGUAAACAAACAAAAGUGUUCAGAAAACGGUACAAAAAUAUAUGUAUUUACAAUUGCUUAAUAUAUAGUGAUGAUUAGAUCUAAACUACUUUGAUCAGAAGAGAGAUGAAAGCACACAUAGCUGAAUGUUUUCCACGUCGGUGUAGAAAAUAUUCUUUUGCUACAUGUGACAACGAAUACGCUAUGAAUCGUUGAGCUACAUUACAUACGCAUGAAUAUAAAUUAACGAAAGUAAUUCAACAUUAUUUAUACAAGAAAAGGGGCAAAAUGGAUAAGAAUCGAAUAAUUGAUCAAAUGGACAACAAAAAUUUAAAACUUAUUCAUCAGUUUCUUAUAGAUCAUAAGUUUGAGAAUACUGCCGAAACAUUAUUAAUUGAGGUUGAAUCGCGGAGUUCCAAAAGUUCCUCAAAAGAUCAAAGGAUUUUGUUGAGCUUCGAUUCAGGAGACUGGAGAACCUUUUUUAAUAUCUGGAAUUUGUUGGUACCUGAAAAUGUUAAACAAACCAGAUCAUAUAAAGUCUUAACAUUGAAUCUGUAUGUUUAUUUCAUAAUGUUACCAAAACAUAAAAUGAUUUUAUAUUCAUUUGAAGAGCAAGAUAAGAUACAAACAGAAACAAUCAAAUCUACAACAUCUUUGAAUCACAAUGGUCUUGAGAAUCAAGAGGUAACAUUAAUUUGUAACACAAUACAAUUUUAG